UGCAUUGGAUGGUGUGCAAAAAUGAAAGUGGACAAAUAUAGUGGGACGGAGGGAGUAAUCAAUUAUUGAAUAUUCCUCCACGUCAGGGCGGAAAUGAGCGGGUCCCGCACAAAGCGCGCCCUAUAAAGCUGCCAGAUCAGCUCACUCUUCGUCGUCUCCAUGCUCCUGCCUUUGACUCUCCUCCCCACCUUCCGGCUUCCUCUCAUCAGAAGUUACAGACGCAAUUCUGUACCUCCGGCGAGCCAGAUCGGAGCGACGGGGAGAGGAAGAAUGACGGCCGGUGGCUUGUACAAAGACCCAAAUGCCCCCGUCGAGGAGAGAGUCAAAGACCUUCUCUCAAGGAUGACUCUCCCGGAGAAAAUCGGGCAGAUGACUCAGAUCGAACGCGCCGUCGCCACUCCCUCCUCCGUCACCGGCCGUUUCAUAGGGAGUUUGUUGAGCGGAGGGGGGAGUAAACCGUCAGAGAAUGCGGCGUCGGAAGAAUGGGCCGUCAUGAUCGACAGAUUCCAGAAGGCGGCGAUAGAGACCCGGUUAGGCAUUCCCAUUCUCUACGGGAUCGACGCCGUACACGGGAACAAUAAUGUUUAUGGCGCCACCAUUUUCCCCCACAAUAUUGGGCUUGGAGCUACUAGGGAUGAAGAUUUAGUGAGAAGGAUAGGGGAAGCAACAGCUCUUGAAGUAAGGGCAAGUGGAGCUCAGUUUGCUUUUGCUCCAUGUGUGGCUGUCAGCAGAGAUCCUAGGUGGGGAAGAUGCUAUGAGAGUUAUGGUGAAAGCACAGAGCUUGUUAGAAAGCUAAGCUCACUUGUCACUGGCUUGCAAGGGCAGGUGCCCCAAGGACAUGUCAAGGGCUACCCUUUUGUUGCUGACAGAAAUAAAGUUGUGGCGUGCGCGAAGCAUUACGUAGGGGAUGGGGGGACAGAGAAAGGAAUAAACGAAGGAAAUACCCUUACAUCGUAUGAUGAACUGAUGAAUGAUCACUUGGCACCAUAUCUGGACUGUUUGUCCCAAGGAGUUUGCACCGUCAUGGCAUCCUACUCCAGCUGGAAUGACAGCAAAAUGCACACCGACUAUCACCUUCUCACCGAGAUUCUGAAAGAAAAACUCGGAUUCAAGGGUUUUGUGAUAUCGGAUUGGGAAGCGCUGGAUAGGCUAAGUAACCCUCACGGCUCGAACUAUCGCGAAUGCAUCUUAUCCUCAAUCAAUGCUGGAAUAGACAUGGUUAUGGUGCCUUUCAGGUUUGAGUUAUAUCUGGAUGAGCUGUUGUCUUUGGCAGAAUCAGGGGAGAUUCCCAUGAGCAGGAUUGACGACGCGGUCGAAAGAAUCCUCAGGGUCAAAUUCGUCUCCGGAAUUUUCGAGCAUCCUUAUGCUGAUAGAUCUUUGUUACAUGUGGUUGGGUGUAAGGAACACAGAGAGGUAGCGCGGGAAGCGGUGCGCAAAUCCUUGGUUCUAUUGAAGAAUGGGAAGAGCCACAACAAACCAUUUCUUCCCUUGGACAAGAAUGCCAAAAAGAUCCUUGUUGCAGGUACCCAUGCUGAUGACCUUGGUUACCAGUGUGGAGGCUGGACUUCUUCUUGGACUGGUUCUAGUGGCAAAAUCACCAUUGGGACGACCAUUUUGGACGCGAUAAAAGAAGUGGUGGGAGAUGAGACAGAAAUAGUGUUUGAGCCGAACCCUUUGCCAGAAACCAUCGCCGCUCAAGAUUUCUCAUUUGCCAUUGUGGCUGUUGGGGAGACGCCGUAUGUUGAGACCGGGGGAGACGACCCGCACCUCAAAAUCCCACUCAACGGUCCGGAGAUAGUGAGCAUUGUUGCGGACCGGAUCCCGACGGUCAUGGUUCUGGUCUCGGGUAGGCCCAUGGUCAUAGAACCGGAGGUAUUGGACAAGGUUGAGUCCCUAGUUGCUGCUUGGUUGCCCGGAUGUGAAGGAAAUGGUAUAACGGACGUUCUCUUUGGGGACUUCCCUUUUCAAGGCAAACUGCCCAUGACAUGGUUUAGAAGCGUUGAUCAACUGCCCGUACAUGCUCGGACGGAGCCCGUAGACCCGUUGUUUCCUUUCGGGUUCGGGCUGACAACAUGAAUGAAUGGAAGAAGAAAGAUGAGAUAUAUUCUCUCAAUGAAAGAGUAUAUGUCAUGGAAUAAUAGGGUUAUUGUUUCAGUUGGUAGUGAUUUCCCAACUGCAUUUAUUAUUGCAUUUAAAUACAGUAAUAUUGAUAAAUGUAAUCAUGUAUAAGCCAUUUCAUGCUAUGUUAUUGUUACUAGUAUUCUAUACUCUGAACUCUAAACAAACAUUGACAAAUUCCACGUACUUAUUUAAUUUGUACGGAGUAUAAUUUUUCUAUAGUUUAACCCCUUAUUUUAUAAUAUAAAAAAUGAAUUGUACUUUCAUUA